UUCCGAUUUGUGUUUACACUGACAUUAAAUGGCGGCGACCAUGAAUAACAACGUGGAUGACGAUGAUAUUUUGACAGCAGAAAUGAAUGAAUGGGAACCACCAAGCGAAGCAGAGAUGAAAAUUAUUACUGCUCGAAGAGAAAGGUCCGACAAAAUCAGCAAAAUCAUGGGUGACUACCUACUAAAAGGUUAUAAGAUGCUGGGGAUUGUCUGUGAUCAAUGUUCGACGAUUCUGAUGGAGACAAAAGCUAGAGAAAAAUACUGUAUUACAUGUAAAGAAUUGGAUGCAGAUACCGACAAGGACAAUCCUGUUGUAAACCCAGCAGCAGCCCGAUCCCAGGUUUUUGAAGGUAGUCAUUCAACACUGGAGAGUCACAGCUUCUCUGCAGAAGACAGCUCGACUAGUGAAGGGGGUCAUCCAAUCCAGAUAUCAUUGAUGCCUCGUGCAACUGGUCAGCUGACCGCACCGCCAUCCACAACAAGGGCAGAGGUACAUCAUGUAGAUAUACCCCCCACCUUCCAGGGCACGCUUUCUUCCUCCAGCCACAGUUUCCCUGCCCCAGGGACGAUAGGUCAGAUCCAGGGAGAGGCUGUGGAUAGUGUGUGUGGGAAAAUACAGUGGGCCUCAGAAGAGUUGAGGGCAGAGACAAACCUCCAGCGAUGUACACAACUGUGUGAACUAAUCAAAGCUAGUGCUGAUGCCAUUCGUAGUCUCAAGGAUUUAUGAUGGAUCAAUAGUUUCUUGUGUCAGCCUUUUUGUGAAUGCAUAUUCUACCAUUGAAAUGUUUCAUAAUCUGAGAACCUAGUUAUGCUUCAUUAUCAUAUUUAUUCAUUUUUGCAUUUUCUGUGAGAAAUGUUUCAUAAUCUGGGAAACUUGUUACACUUGAUAUUUAUACUGAUGCUUUUUCUAUGAGAAAUGCCUGUAGCAGAUUAUAAAAGAAAUCCCAUCAGCAGUAAAAUAAAGAUAAAAUGUUUCAUAAUUGAAGAUUUAGGAAGUAAGAAAUUCCAUGAUCAAACAGCUAAAUGGAAGAAUUCAUUAAUGGGAGAUGCUAAAAAUAUAUCAGUUACUGACAAAAUGUUUAUAGUAUUUUUACCGAUUAUUUAAUUAAUGAUGGUAGCAAAAAAUACAGAUAACUACUGUAGAGUGUUAGUGUUCUCAUCUGAUGAAUGCAUUGCUGUUUCAGCACCUAAUGGCGGUCUAUUGAUGGUAUAUCACAUGAUUCUAGACCUUUUUAUCUAACACAUUUCAUCAUUAUUAUCCAAAAUCUUAUGCUACAGCUGUUUACUGAGAUUUUGAGUGUCAAUUUUCUCCUGAGUUAUGUCACAAAAUUAACAUAAUAGGUUUGGUCUCUUGAGUUUCCCAUGAUAUAUUACAAGUACAAUGUAUUCUGGUGUUUGUGACUACAUUGAAGUGUCAGGUAUAUUUAGCUCCAGCAUGUGGUAGUGUGGUUUUAUUACCUGUACAUGUACUUUUAUUAGCCCACCAUCUGAUCAGAUGGUGGGCUAUUCAAAUCGCCUUGCGUUGUGGUCCGUCUGUCCGUCCGUCCGUACCUCCGUACCUCCGUACCUCCG